GAUAUGUAAACAUGUGCUUAUUAGUUUCGCUUGGCCGUACCGCGAGACUUUGAAGGCAUUUUGGGCUUCGAAAACCUUUUUGGGGCGGUAAAAUACUAGCGAAACGGUCCAAUUACCUGACAAACUCUAGCAGCAGGGUGUUCAUAAUUUUUGUUUGUACGCGAUGAGUUUUCGUGGACGAGGUGGGGGCCGAGGCGGGGGCGGUGGUGGCGGUGGAGGUUUCCGCGGUAAUCGCGGCGGCGGCGGCGGAGGGGGCCGAGGUGGAGGCGGGCGAGGAGGUUUCAACAAUCGUAGUUUCGGCAACCGGGACGAGGGCCCGAAAAACAUUAUCCCGCUCGGAUUCUACGACUACCCGUGCCAGGAGGAUCUUGUGGCGAAGGUGGAGAUCGAGAAUGUGCCGUUCUUUAAUGCCCCCAUCUAUAUGGAGGGUGAGAAGCAGAUCGGUAAAGUGGACGAAAUAUUUGGCCAUCUGAAGGAUUUCUACGUGUCGAUAAAGCUGAUGGACAACAUGAAACCGGAUGGUUUCCAACCGAAGCAGAAGCUCUUUAUCGAUUCUGCCAAACUGCUGCCGUUGGCAAGAUUCCUGCCAGGGAAUCAGACACGACGGCCAGGCGGUCGCGUUGGUAAACCAGGCGGUGGCCGUGGCGGCGGUCGUGGACGUGGCGGUGGUGGCUUCGGCGGAGGUGGCGGUGGCUUCCGUGGCGGAAGAGGAGGUCCUGGAGGCGGCGGUGGUGGAUUUAGGGGACGCGGCGGCGGUGGUGGCCGAGGUAGUGGUGGGUUCCGGGGCGGAAGAGGUGGUGGCGGCGGUGGCGGUAACCGGUGGUAGAGCCUUGGGUUGUUUAAAUGUUCCGAACGGUUUGAUCGUAAGUGUAACUGUGGACCCUACACUGACCAGAGUAGAUUUGUGAAUAAGUGCUUAAUGUUUAAGAGAAAGGAAAAUACAAACGUUGCGUCUUCGCUUCAGAA